CUUCUGCGUGUCUCUCUUUAAUCUUCCCAUGAUAUGCUGUACACCCCAGGGCAUGAUCGGGAGUGAUGACCCUGAUUCCUGAUUGGCUGUCACUUACUUGGUGCAACUUUGCUGCCUCAAAAGAAUCCAAAGCACCCUUUGUACUGAACAGGCUUGUAUAUAGCUAAUGGAAAUCACAGCGUCAUUGUUAAAGAUGGGAUCAUUGAGAGGAUUAGGAUUUUUUAUUUGGAUCGCUCUGGCUCAGAUUAAAACCACUCAGACACAAGAUUGCAGCAUCAUCACAUCCGUCUCUUCCUCAUCGGCCUCAUCACUGCUUGUGCAAUGGAACAGCUACCCAGGUGCCACCAACUACAUCCUGGACCUGCGUGUGGUGAACAUGAGCAGUGUGGCACCUGUGGUGGUCACAGUUUCUGGCUCACCUACACAGAAAGAAGUCUUCGGCCUGAAACCGGGCACUCUGUACACGGUUGUGGUCAAAGUAUUCCGCUUCUACCUUGUUGAGUGUUCGGAUACAAGAAUAGCGAGGACAGUCCCAGACACAUCUCAGAUAAGCUCCUCACGGGCAAUAUCAAGUACAGCCAUCGCGUUAGAAUGGGACCGGGUGUCCUCUGUGGAUCAAUACUUCAUCUUGGUGAACUCCUCAAUAACCGGCGAGCGCUACAAUCUCUCCUUCCCAAACACCAGCGCAAUCAUCACUAAACUGCGACCCAGUACCUCAUACGACUGCUAUGUUUUCACCUCCAACUCAGCCGGCCUGGGUGCGAGGAGCCGAGUGCGCACCGUCACCACGCUGGUUCAGCCACCGGCCGUAGUCACAGUGGUGCCCCUCUUGAAUCAGGCCGUGCGUGUCACAUGGCAGCAUGUGGACAAGGUUCUCAUGUACAAGGUAACGGGCACAGAUGCUAACGGAACACAGAUACUAAGCACCACCACCUCAGCCACCUUCCAGGACGUGCAAAAUUUGCUGCCGUGCAAGUUGUACGUAAUAGGUGUGUCUUCUGUGAAUAUGUUUCUGGAUCCUGGAGAAGCGAAGCUAGUCAACUACACCGCAAACAAUCUAAGUUCGGUGACAUCAGUUUCGGCAGAUUACAGCUGUGUGAGUGCAUCUGCCAUGGUAUCGUGGACACCUGUGUUCGGUGCUGAGUCUUAUCGUGCCACAGCGGUCGAUCAGAAUGGUAGGACCAUGUCCUGCACCUCUACGGGCACAACAUGUUCGCUGGACAAAUUGGGUUGUGGCAGGGACUACGUGGUGCGGGUCAGCGCCAUGACCAAUAACUGUGAGAGCACAAGCAGCAUCGCUGCCUUUUUCCAGACAGUACCGUGCUCGCCAGCUAAUCUGAACCUGUACCGCGAAUGCAGCAGCAACGUAAUCAUCUUCUCAUGGGCACAGACAAACAACACGGCAUUCUACAGGGCACUCUUGGAGGACUCUGCCGGGGGUUCACAGGCUUGCAUAACCACAGAGACUUCUUGUUUCUUUACCAACACUAUGUGCGGACGUAGGUACACUUUUACUGUCUAUGCCGUGAAUGGGGAGUGCAAUGGUCCAGUCAGCCCUGCAGUGAGCAUCCAAUCAGCACCUUGCAAACCCUCUAACCUGAUCACUGUGUCGGACUGUACGACGGACAUUUUGAGGAGUUCUUGGGAUGCAGGAGAUGGGAUGGCACAGUACAUUGUGGAAGGCAGAGGAAAUCGGGGAAAUACCAGUCAUGUGAGCUACUACAGAUGUAGCUCAAAUACAAGCAGUUGUGCCAUCCCUGGCAUUGCAUGCGGAGAAAGCCUGACCAUGAUGAUCACUGCCUUUAAUGAUGAUUGUUACAGCGAGGUGGUACUGGGUCAGGAGACAAAUACCGCUCCCUGUGUGCCCCAGAACCUCUUGCCCAUUAAUGACUGCAGUUCGGACUCCAUCACCCUCAUGUGGAACAUGGCCAAUGGAGCAUUAUUCUACAUCGCCACAGUGACAGACUCUUCGGGUGGGAUGUACACCUGCAGCACAACGGAUAUAAACUGCAAGAUAACGGGGCUGUACUGUGGAACAAAAUACAAUGCCUCCAUCAUCUCCUCCAACUACAAGUGCAACAGCUCUGUCAGUAACCAGAUCACCGUGGAAACAGCCCCCUGCCCUCCAUCGCAGGUGCAGACCACUCUAGACUGUGAUGGGAACCGGGCGCUGGUGAGUUGGCUGAGUUCACGCUUUCCCGGCUCCUACACGGCCAGCAUUGCGGACCAAAGCAGAGGCCUGCUGAACUGCAGCACCGUGAACAGCAGCUGCUGGGUUCCCAGCCUCAAAUGUGGCCAGGUCUAUGACGUCAGUGUCAUCUACUACAAUGGCCUCUGCCGCAGCAGGCCUUCGUCGCCCAUCCAAAUGAACUCGGUUCCAUGUGGGCCAGGGAAUUUUCAAACCCGAGUGGAUUGUAGCUCAGGUUUUCUCCAGUUGACCUGGGACCAGACAUAUGGUGCUACUGGAUACUCCGCCAGUCUGGUCGCUACCAACAGUGGGAGACAGAUUUUCUGUAACUCAACCUCUCCCAGUUGCAGCCUCAGCUCUCUAACGUGUGGCGAAUCGUACGUGGCACGGGUCCGAUCUUACAAUGGCACCUGCUUCAGUAUGCUCAGUCAGCCAGUGACAUUUAAAGAAGUGCCAUGUGUGCCCACCAACGUGACAGUUGCAAGGACCUGUAGUAACCGCACCACAGUGAUGUGGCAAGCCAGCCUUGGCGCUCAGUCUUAUAGGGUCAUUGCUGUGGGCAACAAAGGUCACCAGACAACGUGCUCAUCCAAUACCACCACCUGCAGCCUGACCGAUCUGCGCUGUGGUCAACUGUACAAUGUCAGUGUGGUAGCCAUUGAUGACGCUUGUUCCAGCCUCCAGAGCCAAAGUGCUACACUGCAGACAGGUCCUUGUGCACCCUUUAACAUCCGCAGUACAAUUGAGUGCAUCACUAACAGUGUAACGCUGAGCUGGGACUCGAGCCCCACCAGCGUGUCCUACACAGGGAGGGCUGUAGGAUCAGACGGACACACUGUGGGGUGUAACAACACCUCUGCACAGUGUCAGUUCACCGGCCUGCACUGCGGUCAGGAAUACACAAUCAGCUUGACGGCCAGUGAUGGAGUGUGUGGGAGCAUAGACAGUGCGAUCUACACACAGUCCACAGCUCCCUGUGCCCCAACGACUGUUUCUAAAUUCCUGCAUUGUGAUACCAACAUGCUGAGUGUGUCCUGGACCCCAAGCCCCUUGGUUCUAACCUACAGCGUCCUCCUCACACCUGUAAACGGACAGGUGCGCGGCUGCACCUCACCUGACAGAAGCUGUGACAUCUCAAAUUUGCAAUGUGGUCUGAGCUACUCACUCACUGUCCUGGCCGCUAACAGAGUGUGUACUGGACCGGAGAGCCCAAGUCAGAUUAUCCAGACAGCUCCGUGCAUACCUACCUCUGUGUAUGCCAGUGUGGUGUGUGUCAGUAACACCGUGCGGGCCUCGUGGGGUCAGGCGGUGGGCGCUCUGACCUACACUAGUGUCCUCACUGGUCCAAGUGGCUCCACCCAUUCCUGCUCCACCUCUGCCCUAUCCUGCGACUUCAGUGGCCUGACCUGUGCUCAGACCUACACACUCAGCAUCUUCACAAGCAACAACAACUGUAACAGCACAGCCACUACAGAUGUCACCGUUACCACAGGACCUUGUAACCCAAGUAACGUGGUUGCUGAGUUGCAAUGUGGCUCAGGUGCUGUAAAUGUAUCAUGGCAAGCAAGCGCAGGUGCGAAUACAUACACCGUCCAAGCCUACAUGCAGAACCAGACAGUUCCCUCUGCUUCCUGCGUCUCUUCCAGCACAACCUGCACACUCACACAGCUGCAAUGUGGAACGCUGUUUAAUGUGAGUGUGCUUGCUAGUGACGGCACCUGCAGCAGCAAUCCCUGGGCACGAACAACCUUGAAAACAGCCCCCUGCCCGCCUGUGCUGCAGGUUUUCCCUUCCACCUGUAUCAGCGAUCAGGUCAUGGUCUCAUGGACCUGGGUACAGAAUGCACAGAAUGUGAUUGUGAAUGCCACCUCGGCGCUCGGUCAUUCAGUAGGCUGCAAGUCUGCUAAUAAUAACUGCACCUUGCAGGGACUGUGGUGUGGACAGAGGUACACAUUGCAAGGGACCUCCCAAGGCCUGUGGUGUAACAGCACUCCUGGUGUUCCUCUCAGCAUUGUUACAGUUCCCUGCACUCCAGCGGCAGUGCGCGUUGACUAUACUUGUGGAACGAGCAUGGCGGUGCUAAGCUGGAACGAGAGCCUGGGCCGAGAGAACUUCAUCGCACGUAUUCAGACUCAGGACCACUCAGACUCUUGCAGCAGCAACCAGACACGUUGCUCACUUUCUUCUCUGCUCUGUGGAAGAGUGUACAAUGUCAGCGUACGGGCUGUGGCAGGACAAUGCAACAGUAGUGACGUAGCCAGGACCCAGAUGCAGACCGCUCCAUGUGCUUCUCAGAAUGUGUCCGUCAGUCUGCAGUGUGCCAGUAACACAGCAUCAGUGGCCUGGACACUAAGUCCCGGUGCCAUAGGAUACAACGUCACUGCCCUAGGACGUGACGGCGAUGUCAGAUACUGUCGCACCUCAAAUACCUACUGCCAAAUACCCAACAUGCACUGCUCACAGACAUACAACUUUGUGGUCACUCCAUUUUCAGACAUGUGCAGUGGGUGGCCAAGUAGUGCUUUUACCUUCACUGCAGGUCCAUGUCCACCCAGUGGAGUCCAGGUGUCCCUGCUCUGUCGAAAUAAUGCCGGUUCUGUUAGCUGGACUGCUGCCCUCAAUGCUGAGAAAUACAUUGCCACUGCGACAAGCUCAGAUGGCUUAAAGCACAACUGCACCACAACCGGAACCAGCUGUGUCCUACUUGACCUCUACUGUGGAAAGAACUACAGUAUCACAGUUGUUACUGUACAGCGUGACUGCUGGAGUGACCCAAGCACACCAGCGCUACUGCGAUCAGCUAUCUGCCCUCCUGCCAACCUGGCCGGAGUUACUCAGUGUGGCACCAAUGACAUCACCAUCACAUGGGACCCCAGCCCUUGGCCAGGUGUCACCUACUUCCUGUUCUCUCAGCAGGACAGCAGAGCAAAUUCUACUUUCAACACCACGGCAACAUCCAUCACAUUAAACCACCUCCUGUGUGGUUGGCUCUUCACAGUGCAGGUGGCAGCACAGGAUACCACCUGCACCAGCAGUUACAGUGCACCAGUGCAGAUCCGCACAGCUCCAUGCUCACCAUCCAGUCUGUCAGCUACUGCUAGUUGUGGUACAAACCAGGGUAACCUUACUUGGCUUGGUGGUGUCGGUGCCCUCUUUUACACUACGACUCUGGUGAGCAGUGAUGGUGAUUCCAUUUCCUGCACAUCUAACACUACUUCUUGUGUGGUGAAUCUGGACUGUGGCAGCAUUUACACAGCUACUGUAAUCUCUUCCACUGGACUCUGCAACAGCACUUCAAACAGCAGCACCCAAUUUACCUCAGCACCAUGUCUGAUCAGUAAUGUACAGACUCGGCUUGACUGUAGUGCCAAUUCAUUGGCAGUGCAGUGGGCUGCUGUUACUGGAAACAAAAAUUACACUGCACUGGCUAUUGGCACUGAUGGCACACGCACUUCCUGUAACACCAAUAGCACUUCCUGUACCAUCCAGAGCUUAAGAUGUGGACGCAAAUAUGGCAUUGCUGUGACCACCUCCAGCAUUAAGUGCAGCAUCCAGGGUUCUGACCUCCAAGUGCAAACAGCCCCCUGUAAAGCAGAAAACCUGUCAGUUUCUCUACAGUGCAAUACUAGCAUUGCCACAGUAUGGUGGAACACCACUGGGGUGGACCAGUCAUACAGUGUGUUGGCAGUGAAUAACACAGGUGGAGUAGUGGUCUGUGGCACUGGAGCUUCAUACUGCACUUUCACCCAGUUUCACUGCGGAGAGACAUACACAAUCACUGUUACCGGGCUUAUGCAAAAUUGUACCAGCCAACCUAGCACCUCUGUGGAUCUCAGCACAGCUCCUUGCAUCCCUACCAAUGUCAUAGCACGCUACAAUUGUGACACUUCGAUCAUCUCAGUAACUUGGGACACAGCCCGUGGAGCUGACAGUUACGUGGUGUACGCAGUGAGUAGUCAAGGAUACAAGUCCAACUGCAGCACCAUAGACACUGGCUGCAAUAUCAGUGAUCUCCGCUGUGGUCAGGACUACAACAUCACAGUUGUUGCAGAGCAUGGUGGUUGCAGGUCUCAGCCCAGCCAACCUUUCACCGUGUCAACAGGGGCAUGUCCUCACUCAAGUCCUCGUGUCUUAUUGGACUGCAGCAGUAACUCUGCUCUUGUUUCAUGGAUGCCGGGUUAUCACAUUCUAUAUUACAAUGUCUCUGCCAAUGCUUCGGCUGUGGUUGACCAUGUGACUUGCAGCACAACAGGAGUUUCCUGUAAUGUGACUAACCUGCAAUGCGCACAGACUUACCAGAUUAGCGUCAGUGGUCAAGGGUACACCUGCCCUAGCCCUGCCAAGGAUUGGGUGUCCAUUACCUCAGGCCCAUGUCCCCCAAAUCAGGUGUCUGUCCAGAUUCCUUGUGAGUCAAAAGUUAUGUCCGUCUCCUGGCAGAUCUCUCCUGGUUCUGUCUCUUACCUGGCUGUUGCUCAGAGCAGUGGGGGACAAAGAUUCAAUUGCAGCAGCAACUGGACAACAUGUGACAUUCCUGGACUCCAGUGUGGACAGACAUAUGAGGUUUAUGUGUCAGGAGUGGUUGGAACGUGUAUAGGACCAAAGAGCCAGAGCCAGAUUGUCAAAACUGCUCCCUGCGUGCCUCAGAACAUCCAGGUGAUAUUGGCGUGUCAAUCAACGGUGCUUAACGUUACCUGGCAGCAGAGCGGUGAAGCCACACUCUACAGAGCCGUGGUGCAGACCAGUGCUGGUCAAGCAAUGUUUCCUGUUACAGACAAGCCUUUCUUUACAGUUCCCAACAUUCUCUGCGGCCUGACGUACAACGUGUCGGUGGUGGCCCAGAACGAUAAGUGUAACAGCAGCCGCAGUUAUGUACAAAGUGCCAUCUCAGCCCCAUGUCCUCCUCAGGCCAUCAGUGCAAAUAUAAGCUGCACGUCCAACAUUAUCUCAGUGAACUGGUCCUCCAGCAUGGCCGGUGUCAGCUACAUGGCACAGGCUGUUUCUUCCAACGGCUAUUACAUGUGCAACACCACAAACAUGUUCUGCAGCAUCAGUGUGCCAUGUGGCAGAACCUACAACAUUUCUGUUAUACCGAGUCAAAACGGCUGCAAUGGUGUCAGUUCGCCUUAUAAAAUUAUCCAAGCAGCACCGUGUGUCCCGACCUUGAAGAGCGUGGAGAUGGACUGCCUGUCCAACUCAGCCUGGGUGUUGUGGAACACAUCUGCGGGGGCAGAGUCUUACACUGCUGUGGCAAAGGACAGUGAUGGACGCCAGUAUCAGUGCAACUCUAGUGGCAGCAUGUGUCCCAUCCCUGGGUUACAAUGUGGGAGGAAUUACAGUUUCAGCCUCACAGCCAACAUUGCACAGUGCAGCAGUGGAGUCAGCAACACCAUGCAGUCCGAGACAGUACCAUGUGCUCCUGAGGGUGUGAACGUGUCGGUAGUUUGUAACACUGGGACAGUAAGUGUGCAGUGGUUGCACAGUGUUGGAGCUCUCACAUACACAGCCACGCUUGAGCCGCCCGAGGGCAUGGCUUCCUGCUGCACUACUCUUAAUGGUAGUACUUCCUGUAAUGUCACAUCCCUUCCCUGUGGUCAGUCGUACAUGGUGACUGUCACUGCAGCAGGACGAACCUGUAAUAGCUCACAGAGCAAGGCCAUAAUGGUACAGACAGCACCGUGCCAGCCACCACGCCCCAAUGCCACUGUGAGCUGCACUGAUAAUGUGGUGAAUGUGAGGUGGAUGAACAGUGCGGGCGGUCAGCUCUAUACAGUAAAUGCAGUAGGCAUGAACGGAACUUUCAUAGACAGCUGCAAUGGCUUUGACGGAUCUUGCGACCUCAGAGGCCUAGUGUGUGGCCUGCAGUACACGGCCACUGUGGUGGCGCAACACAGCUCCUGCCUUAGCCUGCCGAGUCCUCCAACACUCAUCAAGACAGUACCGUGUGUUCCUCAAAACGUCAUGCUGAAUUUGGAUUGCAAUGCCCGCAACUUGACCGUGUCCUGGAACAAGAGCUUGGGGGCACAAUUUUACACAGCAACGGUCAUGGACAGCUCUCGGCACUCCACUAACUGCCAGAGCCUUUCUGACCGCUGCACCAUUAGUGGCCUGGCAUGUGGAAAUAUCUACCAUGCAAGCGUUGUCGCCUCUGACGGGUACUGCAGCAGCCAGCCCAGCAACAUCCAAGACACAGACUCAGUUCCAUGUGCUCCCAGUAAUCUCCGGGCUCAGAUGGACAUUCUGACCGGCACGGCCAUGCUCUCGUGGUAUUUAAGUGCCGGUGCAUUGAGGUACAAGGCCUUGGCGGUGAGCAGCAUUUCAGUAACCAAUGUCUCCUGUGACACUAAUCAGACGAACUGCAACCUGAUCAAUCUGUUGUGUGGAGACAAGUACAAUGUCACGGUGCAGGCUAAGGGAAGCAUCUGCAAUAGCUCCGCCUCCAUGGGUCAAUACCUUCAGACAGGGCCAUGUGUUCCGGUGCUGGUGAGUGUGAGCUACCUGCCACCUGUUGCUCUGCUCAUGUGGGAAAUGACCCGAGGCGCUGACAGCUAUAUUGCUCGGGCCGUGUCACAGCAGGGCUUCCAGAAAUUCUGCUCGACCCGUGACACCUCGUGUGCACUCUACAAUCUCAACUGCAGCCAGAUCUACAACAUCUCUCUGACAGCCUACAGCGACCUCUACCAGGAUGGUGUCAAGUCCAACUCUCUUACACUAAACACAGAGCCCUGUCCUCCUGUCAUCCUGUCAACCCGAUCGAUAAGUGACCACAGUGAGGUGACAUGGGAGUCGAGUUUCGGGGCUGUGGGAUACAUGGUCGUGCUCGAGGGACAGCAGGGGGACACCCUUUACUGCCAGACCACCAAGACCUCAUGCAGCGUGCCAGGAUUGCUGUGUGGGACGGUUUACGUCACCCAAGUCAUUGCCAUCGGCACCAGCCUCAACAGCUCGAGGAGUGAAGGGGCUCUGCUCACUACAGUCCCCUGCCUGCCAGACCCAAGCAGUUUUGCAGUAGCAGUGCAGUGUGCAAAUGAUUCAGCACACGUCAGCUGGGCCUUGAGUACAGGAGCAACGUCCUAUGAACUCACUGCUACUAGCAACAGUUCGGACCAAUUAAAGUGUGUCACAGUGCAGAACAGCUGUAAUAUUACCUACCUGAAGUGUGGGCAGACGUACAGUCUCAACCUGAAAGCCUUCAGCAGUGGGGGUUCCGCUAGCCUGGAAACCAACAUCACCUUCCAAAGCCGACCCUGUGUGCCCCGUUAUGUGGCAGCGAAUCUGCAGUGUGGCACUCGUACGGCCGUGCUGACCUGGGAAAAGAGACCAGGAGUCCUGUACUACUUGGGUAGCGCCACUUUCACACCUGGAGUAGCCGCUGUAGUGUGUAACUCGAGUGCAGACAGCUGCAGCUUCAGUGGGCUGCAGUGCGGAGUGCAGUACUCCCUCAGUGUUAGAGCUUACACCAGACAGUGCUGGAGUGAUUUCAGCGCACCUGUCAACAUCACUACAGAACCCUGCCAGGUACAGAACCUCACCGUGACUGGUUCAUGCACCACCAAUACACUCCAGUUGAACUGGUCCAAUGCCUCUGGUGCGCUCCUUUACACCAUCUCAGUCACAGGAAACCUGGGCUACACCGGCUCCUUCCAGAGCCCAGUGUCCAAUAUGCAUAUGGCGGUUCCCUGUGGCCAGAGCUACAGUUUCAGCGUGUUGGGGCAGAAUGAUCAGUGUCGCAGCCUCACAAGCACCACUACCAAGUUUUCAACCGCCCCAUGUGUGCCGACUGGUGUGCAGACGUUCAUUCAGUGUGAGGACAGUACUGCCUCUGUCAGCUGGGCUGGAAGUGAUGGGGCAGUAAAUUACACUGCAGUUGCUCAGGGACAGACAUUAGGCCACACCCGCAUGUGCACCACCAAUACAACAGUAUGUACCUGGAGUGACCUGUUGUGUGGAGAGACCUAUGUAGUCCGUGUCAUCGCCAGCAACCUGCAAUGCAGCAGCACCCCUAGUGACAACACCACCAUCCGCAUGGCUCCAUGUAUACCCCAGAAUUUAAGCUCCACUAUGGACUGUGGCCUGAGGGUCGCAUCUCUGACCUGGCAAUCCAGCCGGGCCGCUCAGACAUACGUGAUGACUGUUGAAAACAACAUCAGCCAACAGCUGGGGCUAACCACCAAUAACACCAGUGCUCAGGUCUCAGAGCUCCAGUGUGGACAGAAGUACUAUUUCAAGGUGUCAAGUGUGGGGCAAGGGUGCAGGAGCAGCCCGAGCAACACCUCCAUCCUGCAGACAGAUCCAUGUCCCCCCACUGCUGUCUCCACUUCUGUGGACUGUCUUUCCAACAUCGCUACAUUCACCUGGGGCAUAUCUAACACUUCUGAUCACUAUACGGCCAACGCAGUGGGCCUGGAUGGCAUAGUCACAACAUGCAUGUCCUCGACUACUAGCUGUGGCAUUGCAACGCUGCAAUGUGGUCAGAAAUACAACAUCAGUGUAACUGCGUCCCGUCUCCUGUGCAAUUCAAAACCCAGCGUGCAGACAUACCUCAACACAGCUCCCUGUGUCCCAGACGGUGUCUCCGUAGUGAUGGACUGCAUCAAAAAUGAAGCGCGUGUGUCAUGGAAUGCCAGCCGUGGUGCAGUGUCCUACCGUGCCAUCGCUACAAGCAGAUACAAUGACUAUGCUUCCUGUAAUAGCUCUGGUGUCAACACGUACUGCGUUCUGAAGGCUCUCACCUGUGGGGCGGUAUAUACAGUCCAGGUGGUGUCCGUUGGGAAUGAGUGCUCGAGUUUACCGAGUCUGGCAGUGGACUUCCGUUCAGCCGUGUGCACACCUGGUAAUGUCUCAGCGUACCUGAACUGUAACUCCAGCUCGUUCUCAUUGAGCUGGACUUCUGUCAUGGGCGCCGUCUCUUACACUGCUGUUGCAAGAGCUCCAGGUGGACAAAACUCAUCCUGCAUCACAAACACCACUAGCUGUUAUCUGAGCCAACUGGCAUGUGCUCAGAUAUACAGCAUAACUGUGACAGCAUCAAACGGUCAAUGCAGCAGCAAUCAGAGCACCGCCCUGCAGGUUGCAUCAGUGCCAUGUCCUCCUGUCCCCCUGAACCCCACUUUAGACUGUGUGUCUGGUUCUGUCACCAUGGCCUGGCAGCCCAGCAGUGGAGCUACUUCCUACAGAGCACUUGCUCAGGGAAAUGGAGGUUAUCCAUCAUUGUGCAACAGCAGCAGCACAACGUGUGUGUUCACCGGGUUGCUGUGUGGACUGACCUACAGCUUCACAGUCUCGGCUUCUGACAGCACGUGCACCAGCGUGUACAGCAGCAGUGUUCAGCUGAACACAGUUCCAUGUAAGCUGCAGAGACUCAGAGCCUACAUGGACUGCGGGACCAGUACGGGACUCGUGUCAUGGGAAGCGGGACAGGGUGCUUUAUUCUACCUGGUCCAAGCAAUGGGAGCUGACGGAUACCAGACGCAAUGUAGCAGCACCAACACGAGCUGUUCGUUACCCAGUUUGCGCUGUGGCCAACUCUAUAACAUCACUUCAAUCGGCCAGAACGGCCAAUGUAACAGCAGCGCUGCUCAAGUAAAUCUGCAGUCAGUCCCCUGUGUGCCCUCCGGGGUUCAGGCCUCCCUGCUCUGCAGCUCUAACUCAGCAGCUGUGUCGUGGCUGUCAUCCAGUGGAGCACUAAGAUAUCAGGCUAAUGCUGUGAACAUCAACGGGUCUCAAACCGUCUCCUGUAACUCCAGCCUGCCUUCCUGCACUGUUGGACCACUGCUCUGUGGAACGUCCUACAACGUCAAUGUGGUCGCUUUGGAUGACGUGUGCACUAGUGGCAGCAGUGUCGCCAUGCAAGUGCGCUCGGCUCCCUGUGCUCCCUUGAAUGUGCAAGUCCAGAUGAACUGUACAGCCGGUGACAUGACCGUAUCCUGGGCAGCCAAUCCGGACGCAGACUCUUUUGUUGUGAAUGCAGUGGGCAGCAACAUCAGCCUGUCUUGUAGUACAUCGGGCACAAACUGCUCAAUCAGAGCCCUGGUCUGUGGUUUGUCCUUGUCUGUAACAGUGCGGGCUGUUCGGGGUGGCUGUCAGAGUAUACCUAGUGCAGCGAUACGAGUUUUAUCAGCUCCAUGCAUACCUCAGGGUCAGAGCGGCAACCUCGACUGUGUGACCAACUCGGUCUGGGUGUCAUGGCAACAAGCAGCCGGGGCGGAGUCUUACCAGGUGUUAGCAGUGUCAGGGGGCGGGGCUAAUUCCACCUGCAGCACCUCGAAUCUUUUCUGUAACGUUCCCAGCCUGCUAUGUGGCACACAGUACACCUUGUAUGUUACCGCCAUAAACUCCUGGUGUGUCAGCGACUACAACAACUCCUUCCAAAUUGAGACAGGGCCCUGCUCUCUGACUGGCAUCAGCGCAUGGACGCAGUGCCGCAGCAGCUCCAUAAGAGUCAGCUGGCUCACCCAGGCAAGCUCAUCUAUCUUCGUUGUCACAGCAGAGGGGCAAGACCGCAGCUUCCUGGGGUGUAACAGCACCGGUACUUCCUGUGUGCUUAACGGCGCUCGUUGUGGCAUGCAGUAUGCUGUCAUAGUCUCCACCGGCUCGAAUAAGUGCAACAGUCUCCACAGUCCUCCAUACUACAUCAGCACGGCCCCGUGCGCUCCUCAGGCACUGAGUGUGAAGCGGAUGUGUGAUAUAGAAGGCGUGUUGGUGUCCUGGGCCCGCUCUAACCUCGCUCAGUCCUACUAUCUAACAGCCACUGGUUGGGACGGUGACGUCCAAAGCUGCAGCAGCACCACAGAGAACUGCACCCUGAGCCGUCUGCACUGUGGCCAGCCAUACACACUCAACGUGAGCGCUUCAGAUGGGAACUGCACCAGCCCCGCCAGCCAGGCCCUCACCGUCAACGCAACUCCAUGUGUACCUCUGAGCCUCAAUGUGUCCAUGUCAUGUGGAAACAAUUCAGCCACACUAUCCUGGUCCUCCAGCAAUGGCUCGGUGUCAUACUACGCCUCAGCCAUCAACGCACAAGGAGACAAAAGUCAAUGCAACACCACAAACACUUCCUGUACCAUAGCAGGGCUUCAGUGUGGGAUAUCAUAUAACUUCAGUGUGCAGGCCUCAGACGCAGUAUGCAACAGCACCAGCAGUCCAGUAGUGCAGAAAGGAAUAGUGCCGUGUCCCCCGACCUCAGUAACUAUAGUCACACGUAAUAUGCAAAAUGCCUCUUUGGUAAGAGUGAGCUGGAGCUCUGUGACCUGCCCGGCCGUCCAGUACCUGGCACAGCUCAACGGCCAGUUCCUCAACGACCCCUUCGCUCUCGUGCAGUUGGCAUCCUACUGGACAGACCAAACAUAUUUCGAGUUCCUGGUGCCCUGUGAAAUCCUCUACUCAGUGGUGGUCAGCGCCGGAAGUGGAGCAGGGAAUGGAUCUCCAUCCAUCGCUGUCAAUGGAUCUACAGGUCUCUGCCCACAGUACAGUACUAACACCACAGGCUCAGUGUCAGGUCGUCGUAGGAGAGACUUGGAAGAUUCUGCAGAUGUGCCACUGGUGCUGGAAGUCAAGGUCAUGGACAAUGUGACCCUGCACAUUAAGUGGGCUCCAGUCACUUGUGCAAGUAAUUACAACCUGAUUGUGUGGGAAGACACUGAAUCUCAUCCCUUCAAGGUAGAACUGACCGUUCAAGGCGAGGCCUUGGAUGUCCCCGACCUUAAACCGGACACACGCUACUGCUUCACCCUGUCAGCCAAGUGCUCCAUUACCCAACAUACCUACUCCACAACAGAGUGCAUCACCACUGGUGUUUCAAUGUGAAUCACAAGAACCUACAUGUCUGCGUGGGAAAAGUAAUAUGGCUACCUGUUCAUCCCUGCUUUUAGAAUAUCUGCUGUCAUUAGCUACUUAGGAGAAAUAUAAUGAAACCAAAUAAACCAUGAAAAUAUUACAAGA